GUAAGCUUACUGGAAGAAAAAAGUCAAAGCUGGCUUCUGAGGCUUUUUAAUUCCAGUUUGUUUGAUAUCGUAAUUGCCAUGGAAUAUCUGUUUAAUUCGAAAGAGACUGGGAAUCGUUUGUUUGAUUUCCAAGCAAGCUCGGUGGAUUUUUAUCUUCCACAGCUGAUUAAUAUGUAUAUAAAUAUUAGAGAAGUAGCCGAAGUUAUUCAUCCUUAUAUUAUCGAACGGUUUAAUGUGGAAUUUUCACUGGAAUGUUAUUGGCUUCUGAAUGCAUAUGGAGUUUCUAGUUUCAAAAAGAAUAAAUUGAAGUCUCAAGGGUAUCGCCUACAACAGCUUAUAUUAAAUGGAUUACGAUAUGGCACAGAUAAUUUCAAUGCUUUAUCUCCAGAAUCUCACUAUUCAAAUGGAUUAAAUUAUGAAGAAAGAUCGAAAUCCGAAAUUGGUCCGGAAUUGGAAUUCAUCAAAGCAUUAAUGAACAUUGGCCAUAAAUUGAAAGGAGUGGGAUCAAAAGAUGCUCGUAGUCAACUGCUUAUCAAUGAGUUAGUCAUGGUCAAUUUGAAUUUACCUGCCCGCGUUUGGCUGCCUUUAUACGCACGAUCCAUAAAACAUAUAGUACUGAGGAUACCAAAUACUGCAAGCUGUGUGUUAAAUAGUAAAGAUAAAGUAAUUUUUUUUCAUCUUUCUUCAACAAUGAGCGAACCUUGGCUGGAAAAAUUGCAACGUAUACGUGAUUCAUCCCCAUAUGGUCGUCAUCCGAAAUGGAAAUUAUUGCCAGUGAUCAUAAAAACUGGUGACGAUUUAAGACAAGAACUUCUGGCCUAUCAACUUCUAACAACACUCCAUAAUAUCUGGAUUGAAGAAAAGGUUCCACUUUAUCUUCGUCCUUAUAAGAUUAUCGUAUGCUCUUCAAAUUCUGGAAUGAUUGAACCUAUUGUAAAUGCGUGUUCACUGCAUCAGAUAAAAAAGAAUUUAGCAGUUCAUGCUAUGGGAAAUUCAUCUUCGGAAGCUUCACAUCCAACGUUGCUUACUCAUUUUCUUGGUAAUUUCGGUGUUAUGCAUGGAGAAUCUUUUUUGAUCGCUCAACAAAAUUUUGUUGAAAGUUGUGCUGGAUACAGUCUUGCCUGUUAUUUCCUUCAAGUAAAGGAUAGGCACAAUGGUAAUAUAUUGUUGGAUUCUGAAGGCCAUUUGAUACAUAUCGAUUUUGGUUAUAUUUUAUCAAUUUCUCCUCGAAAUCUCGGUUUUGAGACUUCACCAUUUAAACUUACGCAAGAGCUAAUAGAUGUAAUGGGCGGAAUCGGUAGUGAUAUGUUUGAAUAUUAUAAAAUUUUACUAUUGCGAGGUUUAAUUGCUGCAAGAAAACAUCACGAUCGUAUUGUUAAUAUUGUUGAUAUCAUGAUAGCUGGGUCACAGUUGCCAUGUUUUCGUGGUGGUGCAAAUACAAUAAAAGCCCUUAAAAAUCGUUUUCAUAUGGGUUAUACAGAGCAGCAGUUGCAAGAGCUUGUGGAAGCUUUGGUUGAACAAAGCAGGGAUUCAAUAACAACUCGACUAUAUGAUAAUUAUCAAUAUUUCAGUAAUGGUAUAUUGUGA